AUGAACUCACAAGUCAUUGCACAGUUUAUUUCCAACGACGAUGUUCCAUUGGGAACCGUCAUCCAGCUUCCUGUAAGCAUUACACUGGAGUCACUCAAGCAGUUACUGCCGCCAAAUAUGCCCGAUAAGGAAAGAAUGAGAAUGUUUGUCCAUGGCUCUGAGAUUAUAAGCACACUGCAGGAUGCCCAGAAAAAAGAGAAGACAUCUGCCGAGGAAAUAUUGAAGAUAUACUGCUAUCCAGACGAUCCGCCAAAGAAAACCCGUGCGCCAGGGUACCUUGCAUCUUCAUGCUCGGGCCACACAGCAGCCAUUCUAAGCGUAAAGAACAGCCCCUGUGGUAAAUACGUGUGCAGUGCCUCGGGAGAUGGGACUGUCAGGUUCUGGUGUGCUUCCACUAAGACGCCGAUUAAGUCUCUGAAGCUAUUUUUGCACUGGAUCCAGUGCAUACAAUACUCGCCUGACGGCAAAUGGCUUGCAGCAGGAUCCAUGGACGGAGGAGUUUCUCUUAUUUCCAUUUCUGACAUGUCGGUUAUUUAUUCAAAAAAAAUACACAAGGGCGGAGUCACUGCAAUAUCCUGGAGAAGCGACAGCGAGAUAUUCUCAACAGCCUCGCGAGAUGGAAGCGCAGGGAUUUGGGGAGAGAAGGGCCACAUUAAGAGCAUCUUCCAUGAGAAGCCCGUGAUUGCCGUGCAGUACUUUGGAGAUUAUCUGCUAUCAGCUGGAAGAGAUACGAGAGUUAAGGUAACAGAUGAAACAGGGGCAGUGGUGCAGGUGCUGCGAGGACACGCGCAGUGGGUCACAGGGAUGGCUGUGCACAUGGGAAAGGACUCAGGCCUGUUUAUUCGGAGAAUGUCAGAAACGGAAAAAUCAAAAACGAAUUUAUCAGAAUCGGGAAAGAGCUAUUUUGUUAGCAUCAGUGACGACAGAACGGCAAUCAUGUGGCGGCCUGUUUGGAGCGAUGAUGGAAAGUGGGAGUUCUUGCCUGCUAGAAAGCUCGUGGGGCACAGGGAUGUGCUUACGAGUGUGAGCAUCUCAUCUAGUGGGGCGUACAUUGCCACCUCAUCUUUUGACAGAUCGGUUAAGCUGUGGACAUCGGUUAAUGGAUACUUAUCGCACACGUUCCAGGGCCACACAUCUCUGGCAUAUCAGACAGUUUUUUCAGAAAGUGGCAACCUAUUGGUGUCGUGUUCAGCGGAUAAAACAGUGAAAGUGUACUCAGUGGAGAAGAAAACGCUUUUGUCUGACUUUGUGUGCAAGGACCAGGUAUUCGCAGUGGACAUACACGGGAGUAUGAUUGUUGCUGGAGGAAAAGACAGGCUGGUUUACUUCUUCACAUAG